AUGGGUUUUUUCUUUGGGUGUUUUCGUGUUAAAGAUGAGAACCAAAAUCAUCAUAUCAUCUCUGAUUCUUCCAACAAAAAAAAUCCUUUGGUAGCUAGGAAUCGUCUAGCAGUGUUACUCUUAUCUGAAUCUCAAGUCUCUAUUUUUCAUAUCACUUUCUUCAUCUAUCUCAACAAAGUUUCUGCAGGAUGUGGUGCUUACAUCACCUGCAAGCAAGAGAUGAUGCAGCCUAAUGCUAGCAUCAAAGACAGGUUCAUCUGGACUCGGUUUCCUUCAAAUUUGAUGAAUGCAUUACUGCUUGGGGAUGCAAUACAAGAUCUUCCUGAAGUCAGCCGAGAAGACACCUUCUUCAACUGCGUGGCAUGCUGUUUCAACAGGGACCAUGUUUACUGUCUACUACAAACCAAGGAAGUAAUUAGGUGUGGAAGUGUUUGCGCGAAGUUGCUGGGAUUAGGUAUACAGUUUUCUUAGUUACAGAAUAUGUUUAUGAUCUUUGUACUACACAAAAUUUGUAUUCCCUUAGGGCAUAGGAAUGGACUUAUAGUGAUAUAAGUGAGAAUGAACUAAACUUAGGAAGUUUCUAAGUAUUCCCUUAGAAAUUUUUUGGUACUUAGAAUUUGUUUUCUUUUUUUGAUAUGAAUCGAAUGUGUAUUGAUAUGAAUUGAAUGAGUAUUGAUGUGAAUUGA